AUGAAGCUCGCAAGUACUUUUCUGAGCCUCUUACUAUGGUACCUUUCCUUGGGGCUCUCUGCCCCGACCAAUGCUUAUGAAAUCAUUGACGUUUUCCAUGGAGAUUUGGCGGCCGGAGAAUGCUACUCCGUAGAGCGAAAUCUGAGCUCGUUUGUGGACCCGGUUGGCUGUGUGGUCACUAAUAUUGUGUACACGUACUUCAAUGGUGGCAACGAAACCGGCACUCCUCGUGUAGACUACUUGACAGUACAGGCAGACGUCAUGCAUGACUGUUUCGACACAAGCAUAAAAAAUACAUGUCUUGUUUAUGCAGAUGGACAUGGCAUGUGUAAUCGUUGCUCAUACCAUGAUGACAUGCUGACCUUGGAUGAUUGCAGGAAUCUCCCAGGCGUGUUCCAGCGUGGCGAGCAUAGUGUGUCAUUUUUCUCCAACCCCCAAACAGGAGACGAACCUUGUGAUACGGACUUCUUCCCACUGGCUCCUGAUGAUACCAAAUGCGAUCACCCUGCUCUGGCACCGAGGGGCCCUACAACCACCGAAAGCCCGGUUCCCCAAAGCAUGCCCCCCACAUCUUCGCAAAUACCUGCCAGUGACAUUCCAACGUCAAGCCCAAUUCCAAACAGCCUGGCUCCAACUACUUCGCUGGCCACCAGUGAUACGCCGACCCUUGAAAUGUCUGCUACUGGGGUUCCAUCACUUGACUUUGGCACAUCCAUUCCGUCUGGUGAAGUUUCGGCCACUAAUACGCCCUCCGAUGAGUCUUCCCUUACUGAUGUUCCGUCUCAUGGCUUUGACACAUCCACUCCGUCUGGUGAAGAUUCAGCGUCUAUCACGCCCUCUUUGACUUUGAUACCUAAAACAGACGCACCAACUUUGGAAUCGUCAUUUACUGAAGUCCCAUCUCUUGAUCAUGACACAUCCUCUCCUUCUGACCAAGAUUCAGCCUCUUUCACUCCCUCCACAGAGUCUUCAUUGACUGAGGUUCCAUCUCUUGAUCAUGAUACGCUCGCUCCAUCCGGUGAGGACUCCACCACCGGUACCAUCCCACCAUCCAUGACAUCCACUGCUGCUCCUACUAGUGAUCAUGCACCGACCCCAGCAAUCAUCGCGCUCACGAGUGUCCCUACUGACUCGGGAUCUUCCACACCUUCGCCGUCCAUCAUGGCUACUUCCUCCCCCACUGAAAGUUCCUCCGUACCAGGCUCCACGAAUGGUUCCUCUCUGUCCCCUCGCACGGGCACUCCAUCCAACGGCACCAGUACGCAAAACUGUUUGGAUGACUGGGCCAAUGGCGUUGCCGAGGAAGACAACUGUUUUGCCGUGGAUAGAUUCGUUUGCACCGAGGUGAAGGAUGAUGGCUGUACGAGCAUUUCGGCACUGUAUCACUAUUACAACGAGGACAUGGGCAGCAGCAAUCUCGAGUCAUAUUAUCACAUCACGGUUCACUCGUUCUUUGGUUGUUCGGCUUCCAUGCCCGACGAGCCCAGCAAUGGUUGUUCAGUGCUUGUGGAAGGACACGAAUGCAGGACAUGUGUCAACAACAAAGACGAGAACUUGUUAGUGGACUGCAGCAACCUUGGCUUUAUCUUUUCACGGACGAUUCAAUCCGUCUCGCUGAGGGAAGACGGUGGCCACUUGGACAUUGCACAAACGGAUGCCAUGUGCAACUUUGGGGCUAGCGCUUAA